GAUUCACACCUUCGUUCAGAACCUCAUUUGCAGAUACUUUAUACCAUAAACUAUACACAUAGACACAUAUAUAUAUAAACACACAUUUGAAGAUGAUAAGGAGUGUUUCUUUCAGUCCCGUCGCAACUCCACUGCUCAAAAUUUCACUUAUAAAUCUUAACAGACCCAAAUCUUUAAAGCUCCACGCCCAUGCCUCUCUCAUCGAUUUCCCUCUCGCAAGCAAGAUCAUGGUAAGAAAUUUAUCAUAUUCUACCAGUGAAAGCCGUUUGCUGAAGGAAUUUUCAAAUUUUGGGCAGAUAGCUGAAGUUAAGCUUGUUAAGGAUGAAGCAACAAAGAGAUCGAAAGGGUAUGCAUUCAUUCAGUACGCUAGCCAAGACAACGCCAUGCUAGCUCUAGAAAGCAUGGAUCACAAGCAUUUCGAUGGUAGAGUGAUUUUCGUGGAACUUGCAAAGCCUGGGAACAAUUCUGGUGGAUUCCUGAAAACCUCUGGACCACCUAGUAUGCAAAACUUGCCGAUGCAAGAUGAUGCAAAGGAGUAGGGGUGCCAUUUAUUUUCGACUUCCAGGUGGGUUGCGGUGUCUUUAAUAAUAAAUGUUUGGCGUGGUCUGUCGUCCUGAUAUUACCCACCAGCUUAUGUUUGAGCCUUGCAAACUCUGGCUUAAACGAAGGAUAGCACACGGAAUGGAAGUGUUUAGUUGUGUUUUGUAUAUGUAAAAUUAACUCAGGGAUUUAACUUUUUUAAUUUACUAUUACAUAAGACAUAAUUGUGUUUUGUAUAUGUAAAAUUCAAUAAUCUUCUAUAUGGUAUAUGGAAAGUUUAACAAUAA